AGUCUAAACUCUAACAUGCUAAGUGAUUUUCACUUGCAGUGGUUGCCUUCUCUUGCAGUAUUGGUGUCGGUAUUUGUAAGCUUUUUCACGUCAGAUUCAACGUCGUAUCUUCCUACCAUUCUAUUCGGUACCUAUAUAGGUUGGAUUUACCUUAGAUACUGGCAAAGUAAACCAGAGACAAGACUAAGAGGCGAUCCAAGUGAUGAAUUUUCUUUCUCUACAUUCUUCCCUGAAUUUUUAAGACCAGUGAUCGAUCCCGUUGCUACAAUUAUUGAGCGGAUGAUAUGUGGGAAAAGAUCUGAGUCGUUGGAUGAGUCGAGAGACUAUAACUUAGGAGGAGGUACUUCAUUAUCUGGUACAGAUUCGAUCGAAGCAUCUCGGAGGAGGGAAAGAGGCGCUCGAGCACUCGAAGAAAGAUUGGCAGCAGAGAGAGCGGCUGCUUUGGGAAAAACCGAAGAUGCACAAAAAAGAGAUGCAAAUGAGAUUGUGUAGAAAAGUUGCAACUUUUUUUUUUUUUUUUUUUAAGUUUUCCCUCUUUUGAGCACAAAUUUGUUUAUACUUACUUUUGAUUUUAUGAGGACUUUUUUUAUCGAUAUGUUGAUUUUGGUACUGAAUUUGUCCA